CGUUGGGGGCCAUUCUGUGGAGAGACAAACACUUUGCUGUUGUGGCCGCAUUUCUGACCUCGAGCCGCAGUCGGCUUCUCCACGUAGAACUCGGCAGCAGGAGACUUAGAAUCGAAUCUGUUCUUCCCUCCCACCUCCUGUUUUUGGCUUUUUGAGAAAUCUUAGCAACCGACACGAUGGCCAGCAACGUUACCAACAAGAUGGAUCCUCACUCCAUGAACUCCCGUGUGUUCAUUGGGAAUCUCAACACUCCUGUUGUCAAGAAAUCUGAUGUGGAGGCAAUCUUUUCCAAGUAUGGCAAAAUUGCAGGCUGCUCUGUUCAUAAGGGCUUUGCCUUCGUUCAAUAUGGUAAGGAGAAAAAUGCCCGGGCUGCUGUAGCAGGAGAGGAUGGCAGAAUGAUUGCUGGCCAGGUUGUAGAUAUUAACCUGGCUGCAGAGCCAAAAGUGAAUCGAGGAAACGCAGGUGUGAAACGAUCAGCAGCGGAGAUGUACGGCUCCUCUUUUGACUUGGACUAUAACUUUCAACGGGCUUAUUAUGAUGGGAUGUACAGUUUCCCAGCACGUGUACCUCCUCCUCCUCCUAUUGCUCUGGCUGUAGUGCCCUCGAAACGCCAGCGUGUAUCAGGAAACACCUCACGAAGGGGCAAAAGUGGCUCCAAUUCUAAGAGCGGAAAGUGGGGAUCUUCCAAGUCUGGAAAGCUGAAUGGAGAUGACCUUCAGGCCAUUAAGCAGGAGUUGACCCAGAUAAAACACAAAGUGGAUUCUCUCCUGGAAAACCUGGAAAAAACUGAAAGGGAACAGAGCAAACAAGGAGUAGAGGUGAAGAAUGCUAAGUCUGAAGAGGAGCAGAGCAGCAGCUCCGUGAAGACAGAUGCGACUCAGGUGAAGAUGGAGUGUGAAGGGGGUGCAGAUGACUCUGCUGAGGAGGGGCACCCACUGGAUGAUGAUGAUAAUGAAGAUCAGGGGGAUGACCAGCUGGAGUUGAUCGAGGAUGAUCAAAAAGGGGCUGAGGAAGGAGAGGAUGACAGAGACAGCGCCAAUGGCCAGGAUGACUCCUAAGCACAUAGUGGGGUUUAGAAAUCUU